GUAUAGAGCUACACCAUGAGUAGAUCGAAAAGGUCUCGCGAAGCCGGUAAUCGUUUGCCUCCCCUAACUAGUAAAGCUGAAGAAGAAGCAUAAAAAUGGAGUCCUUCAUCUUUGGUCUUUUUCCCAUGCUUUCUGUUGGUCAACAACCAACCACAACUCUCUAUAGUCAAAACACUAGUCCUGCAGGCUUGCUUUUAACCAUACUUGGUUCAGUCUGUAUGGAGGGAAUUUCUUUUGUCUGAAUCAAUCAUGCCUCAACUAGAUCAAUUCACUUAUUUCACACAAUUCUUCUGGUUCUGCCUUUUCCUCUUUACUUUCUAUAUUCCCAUGUGCAAUGAUAGAGAUGGAGUACUUUGGAUCAGCAUAAUUCUAAAACAACGGAACCAACAGGUUUCAAACCAGGGGAACAAAAUCCGGAGCAACGACCCCAACUGUUUGGAAGAUAUCUUGAGAAAAGGUUUUAGCACCAGUGGAUCCUAUAUGUACUCUAGUUUAUUCGAAGUAUCCCAAUGGUGUAACGCCGUCGACUUAAAGGGAAAAAGGAGGAAAAUAACUUCUAUCUCUUGUGUCGGAGAAAUAAGUGGCUCACGAGGAAUGGAAAGAAACAUAUUCUAUUUGAUCUCGAAGUCCUCAUAUGGCGCUUCUUCUUCCAAUCCUGGAUGGAGGAUCACUUGUAGGAAUGACAUAAUGCUAAUCCAUGUUCCACACGACCAAGGAAGAAUCAAAAAAUAAGAAAGGUUAUCGAGAUUCUCAAUCGCUCUUUUAGUAGAUAGUGGGAAAUGGGGCUCCCAGGCC